AUGGCUCGCUGGCGCGCCAACUGGUGGCCGGCCACGCAGACGGCUUCGGCCACGGCCCGGCGUGUGGCUCGGGGCCACGGGGCCCAGGUGGCCAAGGCCAAGCAGACCCAUGAGCAACUCCAGGAGGGUGGCCAGCGGAUUUUUGAGACCAUGAUGGCCGGACGCCCCAAGGAGCAAGGUGCAGUUCAAUCCAUGAUGCCCGUGGAGGAGUCCUGCCCUGCCAAUUGGUAUGUGCCCAGCCCGCAGAUGCCCCAGAUCCCUCAACCGCAGCUCACGGACUACUGGUGCCAGAUGGGACACAUGGAUAUGGGAAUGAACCAGAUGAACCCGGGCAUGAGCCAAAUCGCCUAUGCUCAAGACUGGGCUUGGCCGAUGCCCUCUCCCGAACCAGAACCCGAGUUUAACGCAGCCGUGAUGAUGCCUGCCCUCGCGGGCAUGUCUGGUGCAGAGGUGGCAGCCUUGCUGGCCAAUGCAGCUAAGGACCUCGUCUAUGAGGUCGAGGAGUCAGAUGAGGAAGAGCAAGUGUUUCAACUGGUGGUGAAGCAGACCUUCUUGGAGUACAUACCCACCGCAAGGCCGCCCGGCUUCCGCGCUCCCCGGGCGCGGAGCGCGCCCAGCCGCCGAAGAGCGCAGCCAGACGCGAACAGCGAGACAUCCAUCGGAUCCAGUCUUCAUAGGUCUGGCCUUUGCAAGCCUUGCGCCUGGUUCUGGAAGCAAGGUGGUUGUGCCAAUGGCACUCAGUGCAGGCACUGCCACACGUGCCCGGACGGUGAGAUACACCGCCGCAAGCGCCUGAACCGGGAGCUCGCGCGUCGGGAGCGCCAGAAGUUCCAGACGGAGGGCUCCAAGACUCUGCCCAGCGAGGGCAGGGCCCCAGGCCAUAGCCAAGAAGACGCCCGCCGACUGCGGAAGUUUCAGACCGAGGGCGGCGCGCCGGCGGACCUGGGAAUGCCAGGUGCGCUGGAAAGUCCGCAGGCGAACGCCUCCCCAUCCUCUGGCUCAAGCGCGCGCGUGCCAGCCUGCUUCGCGGAUUCGAUGCGGGUGGCACUUGCCACUGGCCAGUUGGAGGGGAAAACGCCCGGAAAACAUAUAAAUUACGCCGAGUUUUAG